CCGACGAGACACCACCACAUUUGAUAUUUUACACCCAUUAAUCACUCACAUUUACGCCACUCUGAACCGAUUUGUUGCCCAUGUCAAAACAGCAAAAAGUCCUUGACCAUGCGCUCGCCCAUGGUUUCAAACAAGAACAAAUUGUGCUCGCUCCAUGGCAGAUGGGCAAAGCGUCCGUCGGCGGCCAUCAUCCGAUCCAGCACCACGUUGGACUCUGCGUACCGGCGGAUGAUGUGCUCGCAGAAGCUGUCGUAUGUGUUGGUUUCCGAGUACAGACGGCGGCCAGACGCGUAGCUCGCGCACCGGUACGACUCGACCGACGUGCCGGCGACGCCAUUGAGCACGAACGGCGUGAAGACGACCCAUUUCUUGAACAGCCAAGGCUCGGUGGCGGGGUCGCCGAAGUCCGUCGGACCGAGUACGCUCUGCUGGCACACGAGAAGCCGCGGGCCAUCCGUCAUCCGCGCGAGGAUGCUAUUGUAGCUCACGGUGGGGACUCCGUGUACGAGGAGGCUCCACUGCCCGAUGGUUCGGCUCGACACGUACGCCAUGUCGUCAUUCAGCGGCGCCACUUUGAAGUACUCGGAUGGAUGCAAGCAAGGAUGGGUUUCAUUGAGCGACGUUUCCCAGCAAAAGUCAAACAGGUCUUGGGGCACACAUGCUGGAAAGAACUUGUGGUUGUGGAAAGCGUAGUUGCGGUCGGUGAUGCUCAGACGGAUGCGCCAGCCAUCCAUUUGGAUUGGCAGCGACGAGAUCGAGUCUGGACUGAACGACUUGCUUUCGAGGUUCAAGUUCACGCGAAGGAAUCCGCCAAUCGUCAGCAGUUCGUCCUUGCGCUUGCCGUCGAUCGUUGUCGUAUUGGCGUCGGGGUGGUCGGUGGUGGUCGGCGGCGUCGAGUUGGUUGGGGAAGGCGACGUCAACGGCCCGCCGCCCACCGGAAACGAAAACGCUGCCAAGUUGUUGCUGCUGCUAGUAGCCGGGAUCCCUUCGUCGUCUGACGAGCUGUCGUCUUUCGGGACGCGCGUGACGCUUGUGAGUUCUUCCAUGAGGUGCUCGGUCUGGUCGAGUAGAGUCGUGUCGACGCGGGCGCACUGCUUGGCGUGGUCCCGCAUGCACUUGCGAAGGUCUACCACAUGCGAUCGAAGGAACUGUAGCUCGACCUUUUGCUUUCUCCUGCACUUGCGGCUCGCGGCGUUGAUCUUGAGCUGGCGUUCGCGGGAUACUUUGACCUUCUUGGAUGUGUCCUUGCCCCCCUUGGUCGGCGGGGAUGACGACGACGACGUGGUGGCUUUGGAUCGUGGCAUGCCCGUCGAUGGUCUGAAUGUUGAGGAAGAGGAUGUCAUGGGUGCAACACUGCGCAAGAGCGACUGCAUGGGAUGCAUGGACAGGUGUAUCUGAUGGAGGUGGGACGUCACCCCCGACGUGGUACUGGACGAGGAUGGGGCCGCUGCUGCUGGCAUGCGCAACACCAUGUGGGGAUGCUCAUGCUUCAUCAUGGCAGACGGCGUGGAAUUGGAAAGUGACCUUGGCUCGCAAGUGUCAUCAACGGCAGUGUUGGACGAUGGCAGCAGAUCCAUCUUGUUGACUUGGGACUUUUGGUUGGAUC